AUGGCCAUUUAUGGCCUCAAUCAAGUUCAUGGCCAUGAAAAAGAUGCUAUGACCGAAAGUGAAUUGCAGGUGACCGAAGAUCCCACAGAGCUGGAAACUUCAAAUCUCACAUCCACAACAACGCGCACGGGACGUCUCCUAAAAUAUCAUCAGCGCAGACCAGCGUUUAUGGUGCAUCGUCGCCGACCACCCAUACAAAUACGUUCGCGGGCCGAUCAUUUUCCCAUAAGGCCACAAUUGAGGCGGGUGCACAAUGGGGUACUGAGUCAACCUUCGCUGCGUUAUGGCUAUGACACUUUAAAGUCUUCUUCCAAAUACAUAGCCUCCAAAGGCAUUGCGGGGCAAUAUGGCAAGGGCAGCUCAUUGAAGCAACAACUAUUGGCCAUACAUCCCAAUGGAGUGCAAGUGCCAGCUUUGUCACAACAAUAUGUGCAAAAUUUCAAAGCCUCACCGGCCUUCAAUGGCAAAGUGGUCAUACAUUCCGGUGCAGCCAAUCAGGCGACUUUGCAGCAACAACAGCAGCCAAGUCAGUCGCAGGAGAACUCCUAUCCCCAAUACAUCAAACCACCAACGCAACAACAGCAAUCGCAGCAAUUGGGUCAAGCAACACAAUCGUUGCUGCCUCAGCAACAAUCCGAGUUGCAGCAAUAUCCUGAAUUCCAGCAAUACCCCAUACCGGAUCAGCAGAAAAUGCAAAAAUUCAAUGAACAACACGACAGAUAUCUGCAGCAGCAGCAGCAAUAUCUCACACCCAGAGACCCCAUAGCCUACUAUCAGCAACAACAGUACCAACAUCAGCAAGCACCACAACAGUUGCCACAAUUACAGCAACCAGUGAGCACUUAUACAGUUCAAACACCCGCCUUCAUAGCCUCCGUCCCGACAACGGCAUCUGCAACAGCUCAAAAACCUGUACUUCAAGCAUACCACCAUCAUGGUGGCCAACCUUCAAUACCCAUUCAUGAGGUAGCCGACUCAGCGCUGGCCAAUUCUUCCCCCAAUCUAGCGGCAGCGGGAGGCAAUGCUUCACCCUUUGGCCAUGCUGCACCAGCUCCCCCCACAGUUCCGGCAAAAAUGUAUUCCGUGUAUGAGGAAAAUGACAUGACCGAGUUGCAGAAUAAUGACUACCAAACGGCACAGUUCGAGAGUUUGGAAAGGGAGGCCCAGGAAUAUUUGCGCUUCAUGAAUACCAAUGAGUAUUUCCUGCCAAAACGUGAUCCCAACUACAAGAAGAUUGAUGAGGAAAAUGACCGCAGACAGCAGUACAAUCUGCAACAACAACAGCACCAGCAACUGCAACUACAGCAGCAGCAGCAGCAAGCCGCCUCAGCCUAUGACACUGCUGUGUAUCAGGAAAACUAUCACCCUGCCACCUUCCCUCAACAGCCAUAUCACCAAAGAGUACAAAAUUCUCCAGAGGCAUUACAGCAUCAACACCAAAUCCACUAUGGCCAACAGAAGGUGGAAUCAUCUGCAGCAGCCUCCUCCUCCUCACAGCAUUACCAAGAUCCCAUACAAGUUUCCAAACUCUUCUAUCAGGAUGAGAAAAAUGGCCAUCAACAGGGUUCAGGUCCCUCCACAGUGGUACGCACCAGUUACCAAACGGGAUAUAAUGCAAAUCAAAUAGUGGUCAGUUCCCAGGAUAAUAAAGUCAGCAAAUAUUUGGGUUCAUCUCAAAAAUCCAUAACAGUUCCCACUCAGUCACCAGUGAGUGUUAAUAAUGUCUACAGUCAGGUCAGGCAAUCGCCUCAAAAUAGUAGGACACCAGAACCUUUACGUUUCGAAUUCACAGAGCGUGAUGCCUUGGUUGGAGGUUUCGCUUUUACCAAUGCCCCCAAGCCCCAUUUGAAAUAUAAGGCUGUCGAUACACCUAUUACACCCAAAUUGCCAGAGGUGGUGAAUCCUGCACCCACAACCGCGCGAUCAGUAUUAGCCACAACAUUAAGGUCUUCCACAUACCAGAGUGGCAUUAAGCCGGUGGUCGAAAUUGAGGAUGAUCCUGAGGAUGGGGAUGAUAUGCAGCCUGCUGGAACGCAUCUCUAUGGACGUCAGCCACUGCAAAAUAAACAAAAAAUCAGCAGCACCACAGGCGCCAACGCUACCAGCAGCACAACGGAAGCACCACCCAAUGGGCAAAAAGACACGGAAGAUUAUUGCGAACGUAUCUGUGCCAUAGUCGAAGAUGAACAUGAAGAGAUUGUCUGUGGCUCCGAUGGUUACAUGUACACCAGUGAAGCGCAAAUGGAAUGUUAUGCCUCAUGUUUGCAUAUCGAUAUAACGAUACAGGGGAAAGGCUCUUGUACAGCGAGAUAAACACCAAUGCGAGACAGGCCAUCGAUCCAUC